AUGGUCCUAAACAAAGUGUAUGCAGUGUGCUCGAUCCUCAUUACCAUAAUCUCCUCGUGCCUUUGCUCAGCCGUAAUCUACAUAUCCUAUCACAUGUACAAACAUAACCGAAAACUGGAAUACACAUUUAUCAUGGCCUUCAACGCCGUCGUCGAUAUGCUGUACUCUCUCGUCUUCAGUGUGCCUAUAAUGGUAAGUUGGGGUUGUUGCACUGAUGUUUCAAUGAUUUUAUCAGUCUGUCGGGAAAAUAGUGAGCGCCCUGUCGCAUCGAAAAUCGCAUCACCGCCAUGAAAGUGAAUUUUGUCGCGGGAAAAUCAAAUUGCUUUUCACUACAGCGACGCGGAUCGGCUCAGCGAUAAUGUGCUCAUUAUUUUAUUUUUGACUGGUAACUUGUUCAUAAAGUGCAUGAACAUUUUUUGGCUUUCACACAGUGCAUUUUGAACUUUUUCCCACGCUUGUCGCCAAUACACAGUGCAUUUUCCUCUUUCCUCUUUUCGCACAGUGCAACCUCAAAAAAAACCGUUUGCACUGUGCAAUUUUCUGAGCAAAGCAUUGGCGACGCAGUUGAAACAAAAAACAAAAAAAGAUAAAAAAGGCGCGUCGCAGCGUUAUUUCAAAUUCACAGCGCAAAAAAUGUAUGCACGGUGCAAAUGGGGGUGUUUUUGCACGGUGCAGUGUGUGAAAAAUGAUAAUAUUACAUAAUAAUAAUAAUAUUACUAGUUUUUUCAUAAAGUGCAUGGAUACUUCAUCGUUUUUGCACAGUGCAUUUUGAACUUUUUCUACCGGAAAUUCCUGGCGCCACGAAGCGUUAUUUCGCACUAUGUAAAAUACAAAAAAACAUCGAAGAAGUGCACGGUGCAAGAUGGGAAUUCUUUUUGCACGGUCCGGGGCGCGACAAAUGUCUAUGCACUUUAUGAAAAAUAUAUUACGACUUUUCAAAAGUACGUAGACUUUUUUUGUAGCUCGCACCGUGCACAAAACCCCUUUUUGCAGCGUGCAUUUGAACUGGAGAUUUGCACUGUGCGGUGCAAAAAAAAGGCCGAAAAUUCUGCGGACUUUAUGAAAAUACAAGAUACCCAACUUUUUUUCAGAGCUCCAUAUCAGUCAACUACAAGCUGUACAUCCUCAUCGAGAACCCGUGGAUGCAGCGGAUCUCCACGUUUUCGCUGCGCCUGCUGAUCAUGCUGCAGGGAGUGAUGGCGUUGGCGAUCGCGGCCUGCAACGCGGUCCACUUCUACUACCGGUAUCGAAUGUUGUGCAAGGAGGACGCGUGGUCCAAGACAAAGUACACCGCCGUCUACAUGGUGAUCAUGGUGUACAUCUUUGUGGCCGGCUUAAACUUCUCCUUUGGCGGCUACGAUCAGACCGCAGAAAGUGUGGAAGAGGUGUCAAAGGAGUUGCCGAUGGGAAGCCUGGUGCCGAGACAUCUCGUGAUUGACCAGGUAAGAAAAAAAGUGAAAAUAAUCCAGUUCUUGUAAGCAUGAGCGAGAAUACUCUGUAUGCAUGAUCUACUAGUCUGUCGGGAAAAUAAUAAGCAAUCUGUCGCAACGAAAAUCGCAUGGCCGCCGAGAAAAUGAAUUGUGUCGCGCCAAAAUGAAAUUUCUUUUCACUUCAGCGAUGCGAUUGGCGCAGCGGCAGAGUGCUGAUUAUUUUUCCGACACACUAGCAAAAGAAUGUAGUUCAUUUCAAAGGAAGUAUCCCAAGUGCGACGCUUAGAUUUCCUAUAAAUUUUGAAGAAACAUUGGGUACACUAUACAUGUUUUUUUUCACUCAAAACUGAAUAUUAGUAUUUUCAUAAAGUGCAUGGAGUUUGCAAGAAAAACGAUCCACUGUACGGUUCAUUUGAUUUUUCAAACAAAAUCGCUGCAACGCAAGCUGUUCUUGGCUUUAUGCCGCCGCGAAAUUUGAGACAAUUGCACAGCGAAAAUGCACAAUGUAAAAAUCCAUGCACUUUAUGAAAAUUCUAACAGACUUUUUUGCGCACUGUGCAUUUUGCCAUCUUUUCGCACAGUGCAGGAUUUUCAAACAUUUUGCACUGUGCAUUUUUUCAAUCGCGAGAAAAAAACCGCUUCAGGGACGCCUCAACGACUCGGUAGCAAAUUGAUUUUAUCGCGCGAUAUUUCAGUCGCACAGUGCAAAAUUUCAGGUGCACGGUGCAAAAUGCGGGUUUUUGCACGGUGCGGCCCGGCAACAAAAAAGUCUACGGACUUUUGAAACAGCGUGGUACUAGGCUAUUUAUAGGCAGUGUAGAUGUUUUUUCUGCUUUUUUGAGGUAUUCAACGUCAAGGAGAGAAACGCUUUUUGACCGGAAAUAUGAAAUUUUUUUGUGAGAAAAUCAUUUUUUUGGAAACAUUGUCAUUCGCGGUAAAAAUAGGUGCGAAACUUUUCAUGCAAAACUUCCUGCCCUUUUAAUUUCACCACAGGGCAUAGAACAGCUUUUCCAAAUUUGGUUUCUCAAGCGUGAGGUUCAAAAAUAGUUGAACUUGCCCUUUUAGGGGUGUGUAGGCGUUUUACAUUGGCUUUGGAAGGUAUAUCUUCUGCUUUAGAAACAACCCAUGUUCUACCUGGUCAUCUUCUCCAUCGAACUGCUCUUCCUCGCCGAGUACGGCGUGAUUAUUUUCUGCGGGAUUCGAAUUGUGCAGAAAAUGCGACAACGGCUCGGUUUGAAGCUGGUCAGUUCGACGCGAAAAGUGCAAAGAUACGUUGUCAAGGUGAUGAUUCUACAAGUAGGUUCAAUUCUUCGAACACUAACAAUGUUACACAUCAUCAGCAGUUCGUUGAAGACGAAUUUGCAUAGACUUACAAUAUAGUUUGUCUAUUUUCAGGCACUCUACCCCUUGCUGGUCUACUUUAUCCCCAUAAUAUUCGCGACUGCCCUGCUGGCGAUGGGUACCGGCUUCAGGAACGUGAGCUGUGUGGUUCGGUUCACGAUGCAACUCCUCUCCGCCUUGAACUGUAUAUCGGUGCUGAUCCUGAUCCCCGCCUACAGGAACGCCAUCUUCAGCGGAUCCUCGGGCCGCGGCGAUGUGGUCGGCUCCGAGGACGAGAAUCUGCAAUAG